UCUUUCUGCUAUACUCUUGUGUUAGAGAGUCAAUCAUCGUCUGCUGUUUUUUGCCAUCAUGAAUCAAAAAACUUAAUUCAUCUUUUUUAAACAUUUAAAUCGUGACUUUUUCAAACAUAUCUCUCUGUAGCAGAGAUCCUGCAAGUGCGUGUCGUGCAAAAGUUGCGCCAAAGACGAAACAAUGGCGUACGUCAUGAGGUGCGGACUUGGUAUUUUAACUCUCAAACAUGCCGUGCCCCGUGUCUUUUUGCCAGUCAAGUAUCAGCGACUGUGUUUCCAUACCAGUUGGAUACUGGAUGUGAAAGGCAAGGAGUUGCUAAUGCCUGCUCUUUCUCCUACCAUGGAAAAUGGCACUAUUGUCAAAUGGCUGAAAAAGGAAGGUGAACCAAUCAGUCCAGGUGAUGCUAUUGCUGAUAUUCAAACUGACAAGGCUAUCAUGACACUCGAGUUUGAUGAUGAAAGUAUCAUGGCUAAGAUCAUUGUUUCUGAAGGAAAAGUUGCCAAGGUAGGAGAUCUGAUAGCUUUGACAGUGGAAACCGAUGAAGACUGGAAGUCAGUUGAACUGCCUACUGGAGGUUCUGCUUCAUCUGCAGAUACUUUGGCACCAUCUGCUCCUCAACCUGCGCCGGCUUCUGGACCUACUGCUGAACCACCAGCAGGACAGACGAAUGUGACUAUGCCAUCCCUUUCUCCCACCAUGACAACAGGAACGAUUGUCCAAUGGGUAAAAAAAGAGGGUGAUAGAUUUGAAGCUGGUGAUGCCAUUGCAGAAAUUCAAACAGACAAAGCUGUCAUGACUUUUGAAAUUGAAGAAGAGGGAGUACUGGCUAAAAUCUUGGUCCCUGACGGUUCACAAGCAGAAGUCGGCGAUCUUAUUGCCAUCAUAGUGGAGAAAGAUUUUGAUCUUUCGAAUAUCGUUAUUCCUACAUCAACAAAAGGUGCAGCAGCCGCUCCUACUGCUGCUGCUACAGCGGCACCAGUAUCUGCUGCUCCUGCUGCAGGUGGAGCUAAAGAUUCAACUCCACCCAGUGGACAAGUAUAUGGGCUAGCUGUCAAGAGGCUGUUAGAAGAGUAUGGUCUGAGCUCAGGAUCCAUCAACGGUACUGGUCGUCCAAACCGUCUUCUGAAAGAGGAUGUUUUGAAUCACAUCAAAUCCAAAAAUGUGCAAAAAGUUGCACCAAAAUCAGUCUCAGCUCCAUCUGCAGCUCCCUCAAAACCAGCGGCAAAGAGUGCAACUGCCACCUCAACUCCUGCAUGGACAGGGGGACCGUCUACAUUUACCGAUGGUACCGUAUCAAACAUACGAGCCGUCAUUGCGAAACGACUUGGCGAAUCGAAGAGUCAAAUCCCCCAUUCCUAUGCAAGCAUUGACAUUAAUAUCGACAAGAUUAUCGAGCUCAGAAGCAGUUUGCGAACAGAUAACAUUAAGGUGUCUGUCAACGAUUUCGUAACGAAAGCAGUAGCUCAUGCAUUGUUAGAAUGCCCUGCCGUCAAUUCGUUGUAUCAAGGAGGAAAGACUAUUCCUCAAGCUGGGGUCGACAUUUCUGUUGCUGUGUCCACGCCAACGGGACUUAUCACACCUAUUGUAUUCAAUGCGGCAUCUAAAGGUUUGACCGAGAUAUCCAAUGACAUUAAAACAUUAGCUGGCAAAGCUCGCGAAGGAAAGCUUCAGCCACAGGAAUUCCAAGGAGGAACAUUUACGAUUUCUAAUCUUGGAAUGUUUGGUAUUCGAGACUUUUGUGCCAUAAUAAACCCACCCCAGAUAGGUAUCCUCGCAGUCGGAACCGGUCGUGAAGUUCUCGAUGUAUCGUUGAAAAAGUCGACGCUGAUGACCAUUACGUUAUCCUACGACAGGAGAGCGAUUGACGAGGAACAGGCUGCAGAUUUCCUUGCAGUGUUGCGAGCAAUGCUUCAGGAUCCGAACUUCCUCACUGUAGGCCGAAGUUCGACACGCAGGCUUCAUUACGAAUGAUUAAGAUCGGAGAGCUAAACCACACUAAAACUGCCUCGUAAUUUAUUAAAUUGUACAAAGAGAGCGACGCUUGUUACCAUUUGAGACAAAUGAAGUCAAUGUGACAUGAAUAUGCUGAAACUCGAGAGGAAGCAAAAAAAUCAAUCUCUCGUCUGUGGCACAAAGUCGUGCUACAUAGAAAAAAAAUUAAGGCCACCACGCAAGUCAAAAUACGGCCGAAACACUAUAUUGUAAGCCAAAGACAAGCAUGUAGAUACACGGAAGCUGUAAAUGAAUUAGUUCAAAAGAAAAAAAAAAUUCGUUUUAAACAUUA